AUGGUUCAUCCGCCAUGGGCGGAACUUCCUCUUGACAUAUGGGGUUUAAUCUUUCAGCGCCUCCCAUUAGUGGAUCGUGUUCACGCCAGCAGCGUGUGCAAACAAUGGAGUUCAGCCCUAAAGCAAACUCCUCGACCCACUUGGAUUCUACUGCACCAUCUCGACGAUGAUACUAAAGAUUGCGAUCACAUGAUUAUAAGCUACUUUGACUUGGGUGAUGGCGCAAUUGGAAAUCUGAAUCUCCCUGAGUCAACACCAGAAGGGGCUACUACUGGGGCUUCCAAAGGAUGGCUUGCAGUAUACAUGGAGAACACGACAACUAAUAAUCUGCAAACUUUUCUGCUUGAUCCAAUUUCAGGGGUUCAACUUCCACUUCCUCCCAUGUCAACAACAAGAUCAGCUUCCGAAGAUUCAAACAUCAUCUUCCCUAAAUUUGAAAUAUCUUCCCAGGAUGCAUCCCAAUCCGUGGUUGCAGCAAUCUUUGGUGAUGAAAGUCUUUUGGCAUUGUGCAGACCAAAGGAUAAGAGGUGGACCUUACUUGAAGGGCUAGACAUACCUGAGGAUUGUCGUUACGUAAGUAUUUCGUUCUGUGAUGGGACAUUAUAUGCCUUAAUUACAACUGAAAACGAUAUGGUCAGUCUUCAAAUUCAAACUCAUUCCAUAAAAUUACCAGAUGGUCAUCAUGUUCGUUUGAAGGUAAUCCCUCUUCCGAUGUUCAAGAUCAGUUCCUUAAUCUUUUUUGAAUAUCCCGUUGGAGAGGUAGGUCUCUCUGGCGAAAGCUGGAUGGUAAUACCAUAUUUGGUGAACUCCAAUGGCGAGUUAUUGUUAGUUCUUAAAAUAUUAGACGACAAGGGCGACGAGGGCGACCAUAAUGACCAGCUGCAAACUCCAUACUAUCGGGUUGUAACAUUCCAAGUAUUCAAGGUUGAAGCAAGUGACGCAUUAUGUUUAACAAGGUUAAGCAACUUAGAUGACCAAACGUUGUUCGUCGAUGGGGUAGAUGCAGUAUCCCUUCCAGGUGAAAAUUGUUCUAGAAAUUGCAUCUACUUUUUGGAAGAUUCAUUCGUUUAUACAGAUCGAGGUCCGAAACCAAUCAGUUCACCUCGAUCCGGUAUUUUCUACCUUAAUGAUGGAAAGAUUGAACGUUUGUUUCCAGACGAGAACAUUGCAAAUCGUGGAUUUUCCAAAUGGUUUAUUCCAAAUAUUAAGAUCGGAGGCUUCAACUAG